CUCUAGGAUUAUGUGACUGUUAUAAUAUUAUUGUUAUUUAAAAAUAAAGUUUACAACAUUAUUCCCAGUUUUGUUAAUACCAAAGAAGGGCAUAAGAAGCCCCAGUGAAUCAUUUUUCUAGCUUAUUCUCGCACUUUUUUCAGCCGACUUCCUUAGGUUGUACCUGCGGAGGAUAUUACGUCACAUGAAUAUUAGCAUAAUAUAGGCUGAGCUCACUCUGCGCGCAGCCCAAUGAACUGCUCCCAGUCUCACCACCUGCGAGGAGCCGAAUUCCAUCAUUCCGCGCAUUCUUCCUUCCGCGAGUGCCUGGUUAUUGUCUACAACGAAUCGAAAGUGACGGGCGUUUUGCGCCGGGACAUUGAAACGGCUCUUCCAGGCGGUGUGUGCCUAGGAUGGAGACUCCGUUGGAUGUCCUGUCGCGGGCUGCAUCCUUGGUUCAUGCUGCUGAUGAUGAAAUGCGACAGCAGCCUGGCAGUAGAGCAGUGGCACCAAGUCCCACAUCCAGACACCAAGAAGAGAAACAGAACAGAGGAGGGUGAAGCAGCACUAAGAGGGGAGCCAAGAAUGCCAUCCAUCCAGAUGUCCUCCAAUAUUAUUAACCAACGAACAGGCCCACCUCCCAUAAGCCCAAGCAAGAGAAAGUAUAGUGUGGACCAAGGAGAUGAAGAUUUUGAAUGUGAUGGGGAACAUGCGGCAAAAAUGAGUCGAUUGUUUGCUGCCCAGCUGGGGAAGUCUGCCAACGGAGAUUACCGCAAGGAUCACAGAGAUCAAAGCCGCAGCCCUGUCGAACGCAGCAUGCCCUCCAUGGGCAUCCAUAGCACUCACCUAUAUACAUCAAUCCCAAGUCUGGCAAUGGAUCAGCCGUUAGCACUGACCAAAAAUGUGGAGGUCAGUAGGAAUGCUGGUCUUACAGCAUCUGUAAGCCCCAUCGAGCGGCAGCAGAAUCGUCCAUCGGUUAUCACAUGUGCUUCUGUAAGCAAUCGAAACUGUGGCUUGUCUCACUGCCCUGUUGCCCACAAUGGUUGUGUGCCACCUGUAUCUUCCAGCUACCGAAGAGGCUCUGUCACCAACAAUACAUGUGAUCCAGUGAUUGAGGAACACUUCCGCAGGAGUCUUGGGAAGAACUACAAGGAACCAGAGCCAGUCACAAACUCUGUUUCCAUUACUGGAUCAGUCGAUGACCACUUUGCCAAAGCUCUAGGGGAAACAUGGCUUCAGAUAAAGGCUGCCAAGGAUGGGGUGCCCAGCAGCCCAGAAUCGGCUACUCGUCGGGGCCAAACUCCACCCUCUUCCCAUAUGGUCAACCACAGUCAGUCCCCUUCAGUGAUGUCAUGAACAGUGGAUGGCUGGCCCUUUGAUAGAGACCAGCUGCCAAGACUGGGUGUACUGACACCAGGAGGGUUGCAGUUUAUUAUUUUCCAUUAAAAACAAAACACUCUUCUAUACCCCAGCUUAGUAGAAGUAAGAGAAAGCUAGCAGAAGAUGGUUCUUUUAGUUAAUAUAGUGCCCUAACCACCUGUUUGUUACCAAAGAAACUGCCGAUGCAAAUCUGCUGCCUGCCCCUCAGCGAUAAGCCAUGCAUUUGUUAGAACCACAUUUUUGUGCUUUUACUUGUAGCUGUUGUUGUCCUCCCCUUCCCAUAUCUAUUUUGGAUCUGCCGCUUGUGUGCUUUGCUCGCUAUUGUUCUUUUUUCCCAUGAUUCUGUACCUUUCUACUUGAAGAGAGUGGCCAGGUCUGAUUUGCACUAUUGGAAGUUGGCUGUCAGUUUCUUGUACUUGGAGGGCAUGUGCCUAGUAACAGUUAGAGAUGUUGCAUCUGCUCUCUUGGGCAUUCAUGUUUUGUUUUGUUUUUGUAUUUUUCCUGACUUUUACAGGGGCAGUAGUGCUUACCAAUGCAUGUUUUAAAUAGCUGGUGUCUAUUAAUGUAUAGAUGUUAUGAAUCUUAAUAUUCUUUAUUUCAGUUUUUUUUUCCAGUAAUGGUCCUAGAUAUUCUUACUGCUGGUACAGUUCUACUUUAUAUUUUUAAUUUGAUACUCAUUGUAGCAAGAUGCCAGCAACGAGCACAGCCUCCGGGCAGGCCUUUAGAUGUAUACUCACACGCAAGCCCCCUAUAGAGGGUUAAGAUUUAUACUGAGAAGAAUGCAUGGGCAAACAGCAACAUACUCAAAAUCUGAGUGCCCACCAUUUGCUAUUUAUUUUCCUGUUUGACAAAGUAUUAUUUUUGUACUCAAGUUGCAUUUUGAAUCCUGCAAAAUGAAACUUCGUUGAAGGCACUGAUCAGUUGCAUUCUCAUACCCCACCUGACCUGUGUGGCUGUCGGGGUGGGACACGCCUUCCUGUGGUUUUCCUGAAUGUCCCAUUCCCGGCCUGUGUGCUCAGCUCUCCCUUCCGCUAGCUACUCCAUGCAUUUUGGUUGCUGCCAUGAGGAUUUGGGACUCAAGGAUUUGACAGAAUCUGCUGAUAUUGCAGUCAGUGUAGUUGUUUGUUUUGUGUUUGCAGUGACUGGGUCACCCUUUCCUGCCUGCUUAAUUGCCUACAGAGUGACAUUAUAUACAUUUGUCAGUGGGCACUAUACAGGGCUGCUCAGCCCCGACUGCUUGUGCCCACACAUGGGGCCUCAGAGUGGCUGAGGCAGCUUACAUUCCUCCAUUAGGCUCGGUGGAGCUGCUCAUGCCGAGAUGGAAAUCGCAGACCCAAACAUUCCGGCAGAACUGCUCUUCCCUGGCACUCACAUGUACUCUUCCGCUUUGGCAUUUUCAGAACCCUUCUGUAGGAAAUCACUACUUUUGAAAAGAAGAAAAAAAAAACUUUUUUUAUAUAGGUAACUUUAAGACCAUCAUUACGCUGUGCGUAAAGAAUGUACAGAAAAGAAAAUUCGUAGGUAUUUUUUGAGGAACAAUUAAUUUGUUAAUGAUAUGUAGCUAUUUAAUUUUUCCCUGUCCUUUAUUGUAAUCAUACAGUUUUUUGUCUCUGGUGAAAAAAAGUUGAUCUUUUUAAUUGUUUUUGUAGUUUUGUCUGUAAUUAAGGUAAAAAAAGUGCAGGAACACAGUUACUCAUUCAUGGCCACUAGUUUCUUACUGCUAAAGGCUACACUUGUUGGUGACAGUAGACUGAUGCCGUUGGAAAGCGGAGUGAAGCAGAGCCCAGCUGUGUUUUUCAGUGCUAUUCAUCUGUAUCUCCUUUUCCUUUUUGGCCUUGUUUCUCUAUAUGAUAAGAGGUUUUGGCUGGCCACCUUUUUGUACUUAAAACGUAGCCUCGACGAACAAUAAAGUGCUCUUAAACCACA